CACGGCUGCAUUUUGCGGUUCCUAGCAGUGCUCCGACAUGUCGAUCCGCGCCGCCAUCUUGCUUGGUAUCCUCGUGUUCGUGAUGGGCCUGAACACGGACAUUCCAUCUGGGCAUCCCGAAUGCUUCUUCCUUGAGUCCCAAAAGUACAAGGAAGGCAUGUCGCUCAACUACGAAGUGCUGCGGGGCAUGGGCGACGAACUGGUGACCACAUUGAGCAGUCCCAGCGGCAUCACGCUCUUCCAAAAGACAGGUCCGUCCGGCCGCUUCGUGAGUCCUGUGCCCGAAGACGGAAUGUACCGCGUGUGCUUUGCCCAGUCCACCCUCGUGAACAUCCGCGUGGGGUUUUCGUUCCACGCGGACGACCCGGCGCACGAUGUCGUGUCGAAUGCCGACGCGACCAAGAUUGAGCAAGCCCGCGCGGUCGAGGACAUGGUGUACGAGCUCAACACGAACUUGGACACAGUCAAGGACACCCAGUCGUACAUGAAGGCCAAGUCCGUCUACCACCACAGCGUUGUGGACAGCACGAACAGUCGCAUUGUGCUGUGGUCAUGCAUCGAAGCCACCAUCCUCGUGUCGCUCGUGUUCUGGCAAAUGUCGUACCUCCGUCGAACGUUCGAAGUGCGCCGCGUGUUCUAAAUCAUUCCACCCCGUCUGCAUCCAUUCUCCACGUCGUGUUCUCCUUCGAAUGACUUCACAUUUGAAUUCCUUGCUUCAUGGA